CUCGCUUGCUCUCUCUCCACCCUCCCUUCCUUGCUCACAGGUACACAGGAAUGCUGUGAGGACACAACAUACCUUGAUCUUUCUGGAGAAGAGAAAUACGUCAAAGCUGUCUUCAGCAAGAGAGGAGCACCAACCGGAGCCCGGGAGAGAGGAGAAUCAGGGUUCAGAUCCAGGAGGUGGAAAGCUGCUGUUCGAGAACCAGGCGAGAGCACAAGACAGACCAGAGAGGAGAUCCUUACAGCUUCUGAACAACUACUUCCGAGAAUCUACCAGAGAGAGAGAGAGAGACAGAGAGAGACAGGGAGAGACGCAUCACCAGGUCCACAAUCAGGUCUUGCACAGCUGCUUCCCUGGUGAAGCCUAUUCCCCCUCGACCCAGUCCUAGAAGCCUGUCCUGCCUCAGGGGUGAGAUGGUGUCUCUGGAUAACCCCUAUGCCGAUGUGGCGAUCCCUCGCGCCCGGCUGAGCAAUGUGUUCACCAGAGAGGGGGACGGCAGCACCGUGAUCGCCAAUCCGCUGGCUGAGACAGACAGGCUCCGCAAGUACAGCAACAGCGGCGCCAACGGGCACAGCAAAACCUACAGCUACAACCCCUACGCCAGCUUCAAGCCCGCCGGCGAGGGAGGACAGCCCCCUGCCAUGCCCAUCUACAGCCUGGAAAUGAACGCAGACAGGCUGAAGGAUCCCAAAGCCCCUUACAGCAGCCCUGCCCUGGAUCCGCAGAUCACCGCCUACAGCAACAGGAAGGAGCAGGACGAGGAGAGCUGCUGCCACGCCUGCUGGUGCUGCUGCUGCCAGAGGAAGAAGAGCUGCUGCGUGAUCUCCUAGAGGAGCCGCGCCUCCCCCAGUGUGGACCAGGACCGCUGGAGCCAGGGCUGCUGGCUCUGUAUGGCUCCCGUUAUAUCCAGGUGUUACAGCACCCCUACAUCAAAAACUGCUCCACUGCCAUUGGCAUGGGCUGGCAGGAUCGGGCACUGGGGGGACUUUACAUUGCCCUGCGGAGAGAAGCUGCUUUAACCAUUAGCAUUAUUAACACUGUUAUUUCAGUUAUUGUCCUUUUGUUUGUUUUUUUGCACAUUACUUUAUCUCGCUCUCUUACAGAUCAGCCUAGUGUGCCAUUUAAAAUGAACUCUAAACAGUCAACAGGAGCAGCCUCCCAAUGGACUAAUCACUGCAGUGAGGACCAGGCUGGAGUUAAAACGACCUGGAGGCACAUCCCUCGGGCGUACGCUGCACACCAGCCUCUGCGUUCUCUACAAGGGGCAGUCACUGCAAUGCAAUGGGAUUGUGUCAGCAUAGCAGCGUUUUCACUGCACAUUGAACACACUGCAGUCUGAGGACGCUGUGCACAUGCUUGCAUGAUGGUAGAAUGCUCUAGACUGCACAGGCUUUCAUUAUUUCAAUUGACUAUGUAUUGUUGUUAGUAUUAAAAUGACAAAUGCAGCCUGUAUUUACAGUCACAUAGUCCUCUGACCCAGACGAAGGACAAAGGCUCCUUCAUUAGGUUUCACUGUAGAGCUUUUUAACCAACGACCUCGUUAUAAAACCAAUGACAGAAUCCUCUAGUAAGUGAAGUGUGACGUGGCUCACUGCACACCACUGCCUGUCUGAUAUGAAACUUUAACACAACGCAGAGCAGCAUUCACUGGGUGUGACUUAAAAAAGGAUGCCAACUAUUCAGCUAGAAUGUGUGUUAAUAGAAUCCAGUGGCUUGUUGAGGACGUGCUUCUCUUCAGCUUUUAUCAAAAUGUUCUCAACGAGCCACCGUAGAUUCACUCUCUCUGUGCUGGAAAAACAAUGGGUUUCAAUCCCUUCUUGUGAGGAAUCCCUCACCUGUCACAAUGGUGUAAAACAGGCUCUCAAUGAAUAAAUCACUUAUCAAUG